CGUUGUGCGCUGGUGUGUUGUGCAAAAUGGAAAGGAAGAUGGAGGAGAACAUGAGAGACGUCGACGUUGGCAGUGAAGCUGGAGGAGAGGAUGCCUUAGUGGGCAAUGUGAACAAGCUGAUGGUGACUCCACCAGGAUACACAGGAGUUCCACGGAAAGGCCACCUUGUCUUUGAUGCUUGCUUCGAGAGUGGUAACCUUGGACGUGUUGAUUACAUCAGUGAAUUUGAGUUUGAUCUGUUCAUCAGACCUGACACCUGUAACCCUCGCUUCAGAGUUUGGUUCAACUUCACAGUGGAAAACGUGCGGGAGACACAGAGGGUGAUUUUCAACAUUGUCAACUUUAGCAAGACCAAGAGCCUGUAUAGAGAUGGCAUGUCUCCAGUGGUGAAGUCCACCAGCCGGCCUAAAUGGCAAAGACUCCCGACUAAGAAUGUGUACUACUACCGUUGCCCUGACCAUCGGAGAAACUACGUGAUGUCUUUUGCCUUCUGCUUUGAUCGAGAGGAUGAUGUGUACCAAUUUGCUUACUGCUACCCCUACACCUACACCAGACUGCAGCACUACCUGGACAGCUUGGAGCGCAGGAACCUGGACUACCUGCAGAGGGAGCAGCUGGGGCUCAGUGUGCAACAGCGACGUCUUGACCUCCUAACCAUCACCAGCCCUGCUCAACAGAAUCCAGAGAAGGUGAAGAAGCUAGUUGUCCUCACAGCCCGUGUACACCCUGGGGAGUCGCCUGCAUCCUUCAUCUGCCAAGGAGUGAUUGACUUCCUAGUCAGCCAGCACCCUGUGGCCCAAACCUUGCGUGACCACGUCAUCUUUAAGAUUGUACCCAUGCUCAACCCUGACGGCGUCUACUUAGGCAACUACAGGUGUUCUCUGAUGGGCUUUGACCUUAACCGUCACUGGCAGGAGCCAUCCCCCUGGGCCCACCCCACCCUCCACGCCGUCAAGCAGCUCAUCGUCCAGCUCAGUCAAGACCCAGUGGGGCUGGAGUUCUACAUUGAUGUUCAUGCCCACUCCACCAUGAUGAAUGGCUUCAUGUACGGGAACGUGUUUGAGGAGGAGGAGAGAGUCCAGAGACAAGCCGUGUUCCCUCGCCUGCUCUGCCAAAACGCCCCAGACUUCUCCUUUUCCAACACGUCAUUUAACCGUGACGUGGUGAAGGCUGGCACCGGGAGGCGCUUCCUGGGUGGCCUGCUGGACGACACGUCCUACUGCUACACCCUGGAGGUGUCCUUCUACAGCUACAUGGCAGCGGGGAGCACGUCGCCCGUUCCCUACACCGAAGACACCUACAUGAAGCUGGGAAGAAAUGUUGCCCGCACCUUCCUCGACUACUACAGGCACAACAACUUCAUUGAUGACAACAAACUACAAAUCCCAAAUCACAUCAACAGUAUGGAGGUGUUGUCCCAGGGUCGACAGGGGAAUGGAAAUGGGAAUGGGAGGACUUCUGGGAGUGAGAGAGGAGCAGAGAGGAAGAACCAGAGUAUCACAGGAGAGUACUAGACACCUGGCAAUAACAUACUGGAGAGACCAGUCCAGUCUGACCACUGUAUAAGGCUCCUGACUCACAGCCCUACACUAUAUCCACACAGUCCUACACUAUAUCAACACAGCCCUACACUAUAUCCACACAGCCCUACACUAUAUCCACACAGCCCUACACUAUAUCAACACAGCCCUACACUAUAUCAACACAGCCCUACACUAUAU